AGGAGUGGGUACACUGAGAGAACAGCGUGUCUUACUUUUACCCCAUAGACUGUAUAUACUAUAGACAACUUGGUUCCACCUUCCGCUAGUAUACAGAUUUGAAGCCAAAAAGCUCUCGGUAAUUCCGUGUUUUCUCUCCAUUUCCUGAAACCAACACUGCGCAGUGGCAUUGUGUGCAUUUGGCGGGAGAGUCGCUGUGAUGACACUCGGCUCAAACAGCAUAUCUCCCGAGUGAGCUACACAAUCCUUGUACGCCCAUUGGCUGUAUCAGGUGUCAAUAAUAGAAAACAUGAACACCAUAAUAACUUUUGAAAAUGGAGGGAAAAAUGGGGGAAAAAAUGUAUGUUCUGUGUAAUAAAUUUAUAAAGUUUGUCCACAGCUCCAUAAGCUUUGCUGGCGGAGGCGGGGUUUAUGACCUAUACUGCAUCCCGUCAACAGAGGGUACUGUUCUUGCAGUGGCUUCACCAAGCAAGGAGGCAGACGCUGUCCAUUCUAUAUACAGUCUAUGGGAGGUACACUGAGGGAACAGCCUUUGUUACUUUUACUCACAGCGAAUAUUCAUAGUAUUGAGACGACAGGGGAGGUUUCUUUUUUUUUUUAUCAUAAUAACCUUCUAAAAGACGAGACUGCAUCAGCAACAAUAAAAGGUUUACCACUUUGUUCACUGAAUUCCACAUAAACAGAAAACCCUCUUUGGAGCUUUAAAUUUAAUGUACUAACAAUGCAGCUUGUAGUUGUAGUUGUAUGGUGCACUAGUGCACUAGUUUACAAUGAAGAAAUCAAAUAAACUUGUUGUCUUUAAGUUGUUUUACAUUUAUGUCAGGCUACAGCUUUGCAAUUAUAUUAGUUUCUGUUAGUAAGCACCUCUCCUUAUAGCUUCUGUUUUAACAGUCACUGUUAUGGGAGGAGUUUCUUGCUAUUUUAAAAUUUAGGGAACAGACAUAACCUUAAGGUUUUCAUGACACAAAGAAUGGCAGAAAAUGUAUAGUUUUAUUUAGUCUACCUUAAAGAGAUAUUCCAGCAUAUAAUUAAUUUAGAUUCAAACACACCGUAACACCAAGUUAGACACUCCCUCCAGAGAUGAAUGUUGCAGACCGCUUGCUUCUCCAGUUAUACCAACUUCAGUAACGACUGCACGAUAGCAAAACACAGCAGUCUGAGGAGCCACACACAAACCUCAACCAAAACGCCACUCUAUAGCCACAAAUAAUGCUCAGAACAGCACCUAACUUCAUCAACAGUAUCAUGCUGUCGUUACUUAAGUUGGUAUAACUAGAGAAGCAAAUGGUCGGCAACAUUCAUCUUUCGAGGGGCUGUCUAAGUCUGUGUUACCGUGUGUUUGACCCUAAAUUAAUUUUACGCCAGAAUAUCCCUUUAAACAGGUCAAAAACUCAUCAACAGCCAUGGUGAAAAUGUUCCCCUCUCCUUUGACCAGCACUACAUUUAUUGGUCAAAUAGCAGAUACAGGCGAAUCUCUCAUUUAUAACCCAGUACAUGUAGGAUUGAUUGUGCGGUAAGCAAGAACUGCUUAAGAAUAUGUCUGAACUGUAGUGUGAGAUACUUACCCUACCUGUGAAACUGAUGUAGCCUAAACGUGGUUCUCUUGUUCACACAUGUUGCAAAAGAAAUAACUCUGAUUUCCAGUAUUUUCAAAGUGUGAAUGGUUGCUCAUAUUGGGUAGCUGCUCAAACAUGCAGAUCUCAUUGUGGUGACUCUGCUUUUGUCACCACCCAAAUGCGUCUCACUCCCACAGCUCCCUGUUCCCAAAAAAACGUGACAAGAGAUUUACUUUGUACAAAUCUGAAGAAUAUGUCCUGUGAGUCUCUCAUUGUAGCAGCUUUGUAUUUGCUGAAUAUGUUGUCAUGACUGCACACAAUAGCCAUUAACUUUGCCUUGAGCAGCUGUGUGCAGGUAGAGGAGACUAUAUGUACCUGAAUGAAUCAGCCAGUCAGUGCAGUAUGAGAUUUCUCAGCUGCAGAGUAUUAACAUGCUCCUGUAAAAGUGAGCCAGAGGACAUGGUGAACUUUAUGGGAAGCCUACAGAAUAACUCUGUCGUUAUCAUCACAUUAUAAAUCAUGGUGAAUGUACAGAACUCAAGAGGAAAAUAUACAUCCCCUGAAUAAAUCCAUGUAACUAUUGCAGCUUGUGACUGCCUUUUGAAGCACUUCAUACAAGAGAUGACAGCUUUUCUUUCACUGAAGUAGGAACUGUUCUGUGAUGGCCCUGAAAAAAAGGACGCUUUGCAAUAAGAGGCCACAUAAUGAGAGAGUCAUUGGGCUCCCUAUCAGUUACCUUGGCAAUGAACUGAGACAGGCGCCAAAUAAAGAAACUAUCACAUCAUAGCUUUGAAAUGACCUCUAUGACAAAUAUUUGAAACUUUUUGUCUACUUCUUUCAUUCUUUUUCCUUUUUUAAUCAGUUUUAAUUAAGAGUGCUUUUGGAUCCCUAAUACAUCUGAUUUAUCAGUAAAAUUGUAAACCUACUCUGUCCUAUUUUAGAUGGUAAAAAUAGUUGUAAACUAAUCUUUUAAUGACUUCAUUGAAUACUGUUGUAGCCAUGUGUUGGCUCUCUAUUUAAAGACAGAGUGGGAGUGACAGCAGGGGGGCGAGGCUUUCAUUAUGCGUCAAGUUUCAAGGACAUUCAAUAAACUACAGACAAACAGUUAUUAGGAAUGAAAGUAGAAUGCGAUCUUUUAAAAUGUUGCUUUAAGCAGUGAUUCAAUGUUGUCUAAUACUUAAUGUUUUUUGCUGUUUAUCAAAUCUAUGAAGAAUUUCUCUCCCUUAUUUAUGUAGAGUUGACCUUUCUCUGAAUGAUGACCUUUCUCUGAAUGUAUUUUUUCUUUCCAUGCUAUGAAGCUAUGAAGGUGUGUGCUAGUGGGAGUUCUGGCUGCAAUGUUUUUCACUGUCAAUGUUUUUUGGACCAUUCUCCAGAAUCCUGUACCUCUAUCUAUCACAUGAUGGCAGUAUUCUCGCUUUUUGAAGUCAAACAUGAGCAUAUCAGGGCAGAAUGAGAUUCAAAAUCCCCAUUCAGAGAGAAAAGGGAGGAUUAUCCUUUGACUUUGAUUUCAGAGGUUGUUUGGGGCUGUAACCAAGGACUCAUAAUAGUACUUACAUUUUGAGUUCUCCUUUGCAAGGAGAAAAAUGUUCGAACUUCUGUUUAGUUUCCAAGAAAUAAUAUGCAUCGUGCAUUUUAUUGGGAAAAUCCUGUGAGUGUGUGGUAUGUACUUUGACACUUUUAGUGGCUGCAUGAGUCAUCUGUCCUGCAUCUUGAAAGGGGGGUAACAAGAAAUAGCUCAUUUCAAUAUGCACAUUAUUAACAUUUUUAUUGGCUUCUUUUGCUUUCAGGUGGAUAUAAGUAUGUAAAAUAUCUGACCUACAAGUGAACAAUCAACAGGCUCUUAUUUUGAAGGUCCACAGCUGUCUUUUAAUCCUCACAGUGACCAGGAUUUACUCUCCUCUUUACAUUGUCCCCCACUCUCCUCAGAAGAUAAACAGUGAAGGUGCAUGCUGAGCUCAAGCUGGGGCACGCACAUAACAAAACAUGCAUUCCUGUAAUGCUGCAUACCAACAACUAACAGCAGCAACAGAGCAUCUGUGAAGACAUCAGCAUGCACUGCAAAACUUGCCACUGACUUUUGUCAUCACUUCUUUUCACAAAACUUUAAGGUAAGAUGACAAUACAAGAUGGAAAAUUUAGAAAAUGUGCCCACACUCUGUAGCCGGCGUGAAUACAGCUGGUGAAGUUGCAAAACCUUUGUUCGCCUAAUUGUGUCAGGAUUCAUUUUGAGACAUGUCUCAAAGGUUCCACUGACUUCUCUGACCUGCUCUUCACCUGCUUCUGUUUCCAUUUAGUUUGUCUUAUUCAGUGGAUAUUGUUUCAGGGGUUGCUAUGGGACCACUGGCUCAGCUUCGGCGUGCCAUGUUACCUCCAGAAGAAAGCCCACUGACUGUGUGUAUACAGCUUUUCAGGCCCAGGGUUGCUAGGAGAUGAUCCAGGAAGCUGGAAAUGGUAAACACAGGGACACAUGCAGCCCUUAUGUGCACACGUAGUGAUAUUUUAGAGCUUGGGAGCAGUUGGAGAUAUAUUUGUUAGAACUGGUGUGUAAAACUCGCUAAGUUACUGCUGUUCAGGGUCAAACUUCACCCUAAUUGCUCCAUCCUGUAUGAGCAUCUCAAGAUAGAAGACUUGUUUUUGUAGACAUAAAUCAUUCUUAAAAGAGCAAGGUUCAAAUUCCUGAGUCAAAUGAAGUGAUGUUAAAAACAGAGAGCCCCAUAAUUGACAUGUUUUAGGUUUUUCACUCCCAGUGUGAGAGCUCACAUCAACACUUAAAGCCAAAGGUUUGCACAUUUACAUAAAACAAAUGGAUUUAAAGCAGAGGAGCCGUAAGGCACAGGGUAAAUAAACAGAUCUCUACAUAAAGCAGUUUAUGUAAGUGAAAAGUACAGUUUGUUUGUGCGAGUCAUUUUACAAACAUGUAUAAAACUUCAUACAUCAGAUAACCAUGUCUCAAAUGGGAAUGUGAGGGUAGAUAAAUCCUGAGGAAAUGCCUUAGGACUGGACAACUUCCAGAGACAACUCUCUGGGGGUUUGUAACACUUACUGAAAGCUUUGAUACAAUAGGCUAAAGUACAAUUCAAGUAAUCAUUAUACUAAUACGCUUCUAAUAUGCGAGUCCUUUUGUCAAUCAAAUCUCUGUGUAGCAACUUUAAUAUUUUAUGCUUUACCCAAUUAAAAAUGUAAAUGGGAUUAGACUGGAGGCCACUGAAAAACAGUGUGAUGCUCACAAACAUGCCUUCUAGUUAGAUCGCCAUCUGCUCAGGCCUCAUGCUGUAGUCCUCUGCAUCAAUUAUUACUUCCCUCUUUGCAUUUUCUUACGUAAUUUUACUCAGGAUGCUUCACACGGUUAUAAAAUCCUGUAUAUGAAGUUUCACUCAAACAUAAUGACAAAAAAUCUUUGCAUGAUCAGACAUGUAUGCACAGCUAUGGAGUAGUUCAAACUAUGACUUAAUGAGUUUGUCACAAAAAUUUGAUUUAAAGCCACCCACACUGAAAUAUAUGAUGAUUUGCAAGUGCUGAUAAGAGAUUUUGUUCACCCAGCCAAUCUUGAUUCUAUUUCCCACGUCAGUCUGAUUGGAUGAUAUUUUUGCAAUCUAGGUUCUCGGCCACCGAGGAAAUCUACCCACACUUUCAUUCAUUAUCUCGGUUGAUGAUCUGAAUGAAAACAGUGACUCUUUAUUUUGUGAAUGAGGCAGGCUCAAACUUUUCUGUCAGUUUUGUUAAAUUAGAUUUUGGUCACAGGGUCAGUGUUCUCUGAGGAGGGGACUUGAUUUUAAAUAUGAUAAGCAAAUAGGAAACAUUAAUUGCUGUUGGAGUUUUAACCAAAGUGUUGUCUGAGUUGUCUGCUAUUCUGCGCAGUUAGAGCAGUUAUAUGCAACUGCGUACUGUUGCAGAGGGUGCAACAGGGUGUAGGCUCUCUACAAUGAUGCUUAAUUUGUGGUAACUACAUGGAUUUGAACACAUACCAUAUUAUAAAGGACUAUAGAGCUUGCCUCACAAUAUAGUCUUUCCAUUUUCACCCAAAAUGGUAUACCAUUCUAAAUUUGCGACUAUAUCCUCUCAAAAUUUUAUAAGGCAACACAUAAAGCACAUUGAGCUACUUUUUUUAGUAUGACAUGUUUUCUCUAAUAAAUUUGAUUUGCCUUGAUAUUAGUCACAGCUUUCUGGCAGCAGCUGGAGUUACUUCUGUGAGAAGCUCAACUCACUCAGACUUUUGGUAAGUCAUUGUUUCCAUCACUCUUUACAGACAUUCAAAUAAAACAAUGUUAAAAAGAAAAGCCUCUGGUUGAACUUAAAUAAGUUCUGUUGAACUCAUAACACAAGUUUGAAAUAGGACAAUAACUUUAGAGGGUUCAUGAGUAUUUGCAGACCUCAUAGUCAGCCUGUUGCAUUGACUUAGCAUGCAGAGUCAUGAACAGUUGUGAAGGAACAAUUGAUGUUGACCUGCAGCUGUCACUGUGUCAUUUUAUCAACACUAGGAGAUGUUCAAUGACUUCUGUGGAAAAAGGUAUACUGAUCAGUUGUCAAAAAGCCAUUGCUCUGUAGUUGUGUAUUAAAAACUCAGUGUUUCUCCAGAACAUGCACUCCAGAGAUAGGUAUCAAUGUCUGCUAAAUCGUGGAGCAUCAAACACAUCUUAAAAGUCUGGUUAAAAUUGUAGCUUAAUGGAUGUUUAAACAACUACAAAACACUAUCUUACAUUUUCCAUGAUGCAACUCAACAGCAUCUUUUAUUGGGCUUCUCUUGUCUCCUAAAUGACAACUGUUUUCAAACCCCACACUCCAGAUAACACAGAAUCUCUGUUUUAAGCCAAGAUAAGCAUGAUGACAUCAACAGGGCCCCAUUCAGAGCCAAAAAAGACUUUAUUCAACUUUUAACAAGCAGUGUGGUGCACUACUCCUUGUAAAUGGUGAACUCGGGUUUGUGCAUCUGAAAUUAUGAUGGAAAGUGUGAAAACAUUUGGUUUCACUGUGUAUUAAAGGUAAUAAUUUAGGGCUCACUGUUAACCUUUUAAAGUCUUGGUUGCAUGCAGUGAGUAAAUUGAGUCAAGAGAGUGGUUUCGUAGUCUAGGUGAGGACUUUUGCCCCUGUAGUGGUCUAGGUGAACUCUUCUGCUCAGCGGGCUCUUUCCCACGCCUUUCUCCUGCAACUCCUCGUGUGUGUCUGAGCUGUGCUGUGGAGAAAGAGAGGAGGAGUGGAGUGGUGGGUUACAGUCCUGGAAUGUAAGCGCGCUCCCGAUUUCUCCCUUUCUCUGUCCUCGUCAGCGGCGGCGCGCUGCACAGACAGAGACCGGCGUGCGCGCGCAGCCCGCGAUAGGUCUGGAAGUGCAAAGGAGGAGGAGGAGGCAGGACAACGCUGCUGCUGGAGCGGGGAAUGAUGGCGGUGAGCAAGAAGAAGGGACAAGUUUGAUACUGUAAAACUGGGGCAUCGUAGGUAGUAUUCGGAGCCUCUCACGAUGAAGCUGAGUAAAGGUGAGACUGUAACAAACUUAUUCGCCUUUGUAGAGAGUUGCGUGCGGAGUUAACGUUUUCAACGGCUCGUACUUGAAAUGCCACAAUGAAUUGUUCAGACUAGAGCAGUAACGCUCGAGUUGUGUUGUACUGUUGGCCCUGGUAAACUUUAAACCGCACUUGUAUCUGCCGUGUUACUACUAGAGAAACCGACAAACCGGCUGAAGUUUGUUCUCUUGGUGGGUAAUGCUAGUUUCAGAGACUUUGACGCUGAAUAGUUUGGGUUUCUCGUUAGCGAACUAACGCCAGGAGUUUGACGCUCAUCGAAUUCCAUACAAACGGCUGUGAACGCUGAUGUUAUCUAUCAAACUUACUUACAAUUAGAGUUCAGCAAACGGUUAACUUACCUCCAACGAUAAUACGAGUCGAUUUUCAACAAGAAAGUCAGAGUUAGGCAAGUACUCUAAAGUGACGUUUGUUAGGCACCGUGAGAUAAUGGCAUCCGGUUUCUGUACUAACACAUUUUACUGUCCCUUUCUCUCCAGAUGCCUUUUCUGUGAGUGUUUAGUUGAGACAGCAGUGCUCCAAAGAAGCCCCCCCUUCCCUCUCCCCGGACCCAUGGCACCGCUUGCGUAAAGUUGAGGGGAAACCAGUUCACCAACAGAGCAUUCGUCCCUCUGAAUCCAGCUUUUUCUAAUUGGGUUACAGUCGUUAUCAAGCAAAAAUGAUCAAAGCGGAGAGCAAAGGAGGCGAGAGGACCCUGAGGAGCGCGUCCCCUCAUAGAAAUGCGUACAAGUCUGAUUUUCACGCCAUUAAGUGUUCCUUUGAUGGGCAAAAGUCUGACGGCUCUGCCAAAUCAUAUGCUAAUGGAUCCACCGACACCCGGGAGGACUCAAGGGGGAGGCCUUUUGGGACCAGGGUGAACAAGAUCAAGAACAUAUUUCUGCAGAUGGAUGGCCAGCAACAAGAAAGCCAGGAAGGGAAAGUGACCAUCAAGCCUGAUGCAAACCCAGUGUCCCCAACAAAAUUGCAGUUUCCAGCCAACACACACAGAGUUAACUUCAACAGCCCUGCAAGCCCAGAAUCACACAAUUUAGAUAAAACACCCAAAGGGGAAGAUGUUGAGAUUGACAAAGUUGCUUUGGCGGAGAAGUUUUCUGUGACCAGAAAACUCUUUGAACGAGGCAUCAAAGAGCAGCCUUCAGCGGAAAAACAGUCUCCAAACAGGGUAGUAAACCGUUUGUCUCUUGGAAGUGCAUCUGAUGAGGGGAAAAGCACAAGGAGAGUAUCAGGAUCCUCCGAGACAUUUGUGAAAACAGACCAAACCCCUUCAUCAACAGCUGAAUUCCAAGAAGAUGGGAGCACUGAGGAUGAGAAAAAGCAUGUGUCUAAAGUGCCAUUAAACGCAGGACCCAUGUCAAGAAGGUUGGACAGUUACAUGGGAGAGAAUGAUUCGGAAGACAUCAACAAAGCACCUGUAAAGGGAGGAAUUGUGUCAGCUAAACAGCACAGCACCACUGAACACUCACUGCCUACCUCUCAAACAAGGGACAGCUCGCACAAAUCUCUGCCUGUUAAAGAAGCCACUAACUCUAUGCCUGUUACUGAUGCCAAGAAAAACACAUCCCCGACAUGUGUCAAACCAGCAACUUUGGGGUCUAGUGCUGGGCUCAAACCAACAUUCCCAGCCACCAACGCAGCUUACAAAUCAGUUUCUCCAACAACUGAGGCCACAAGGAAACCCCUCUCAUCAGAGCAAACAGCUUCAGUUAGCCCUGGGUACAAACGAUCCUCAUCAUCCAGCGAUGGAUUUAACAGGACAUCUGUUGGUGGGGAUGAAGGCAAGCCCCAGAGGGAUGUGAAGCAGCCUCUUCCAUCAGCUGGUGUUUUUCACAACACGAACAGGGCUAAGUACCCGGAAAAAUCCAAGAUUAAUGACAGUGUGGUACAUAGUCCUACCAGGGACAAACCUCCCAGCCAGACCUCCUCUUUGGACCCCAGGGGGGUGGGCAUGGUGCGGGCAGAGCUGGUAGUGGUUCAGAAUGAGUCAUCGGAGAGUGAUGAAAAUGAGGAUGAGAUGGUUGAAGAUAAUGUGUUUGAGGAGAAGAAGGCGCAGAGCCCCAUAGAUCUGCCAGCUGAUCUAAGAAGAACCUUCACCUCUGAAAAACUGAACAGUGACCCCCCUCAUCAAGUCUUAGCAAGAGAUGUAGCAAAGGAGACACAAAGGAUAGAAGAAACUGCAGGUGAAGGCCGAGUUUUGGAGGACAACGAUCACUUUAUGAUGAAAGAAGAGAGUUCAUUUAUGAGUCAAGAUGGUGAUGCUAAUUGUGAGGAGGAUGAUGAAGUAGCAGAGGAGGAGAGUGAACCAGACGAGCAUGUGGACGAGAGCAUCCUAGAUCGAGUCUCACCAGUAGUAUACGGUAUCGAGAACGCAGCAUUUGUGGAUGACAGAGAUGUAGAGCAGGUCCUCAGGGAAGAAGAUGAGGAAGAAGAAGAUGAGGAGGAAAACCAAGUGGAGUAUGAAGACAGUUAUGAGGCCCCUGGUUUGUCCGACGAGGAAGAGCCUCCCCCAAAGAGGAAAAUCAAGUUCUCCACAGACCCCAUACAGGUAAGCAGUUUACGUUGACUCGUUUACAUCCACUUUAUUCUGGGUCAUCUCUGGCACUUAAAAUCAUUUUGCACACCACCACUUUAGUAAACCACGGUCUCACUGACUCAGCAACUAUGUCUGACCCAGGUGGUUCCCAGCAGACUCACCACAAAUUUGUGGUGGCUGAGAAUUUAAGCUCAUGUUAGGUAUGUUGAUGUCACAGCAGCUGCACUGUAUCAUUAGAGAAGCUUGUCAUAGUUUAGAAAGUCUACACAAGGGUUCAUUUAAUUUUACAAAAAAUCAGAGGAGCAGGUGGUUUGACAAUACAUAAGGAGAGGAGAGACUUUUUGGGACAAGUGGUGGCAACACUGUUUGUGGUAUUUUUGGAAAUUUUGUUGACAUUGCAUAAGAGUUUGUGAAAGCAGGACCACAGUGGAACGAGGGCAGCAGUGAGGUAGAGACAUGUGUAACCUGAGACUGUACAGUAAAAAGCAUGGUCCUUUCUGAGUCACUGCAUUGCAUGGGUACUUUAAAAAAAAAUCCCUCAGUGUAGUUCCCAUCUGUCCAUGAAUCAUUCAUCACACUGAAGGGGACUUUUCACUUCUCCCAAGCAAAGAUAUAAGAGUUGAGGCAUUUUUUAUCCAACUGUAUGAUCUCUUUUGCAAAUCUUUCUUUCCAUAACAUACAUUUGAUGCUCCAUCUUCAAACAAAUUUUCCAGGUAGUGUAAUCUCUCCUAAUAUUGGCUCACAUCAUGUGUUGCAAUCACUCCCAGUGGGUGUUCACAGGGUGUGGUGGACUCAGGGGCUUAUCUUCGUUGAUAUACAGUAUUUUCCACCAUCACUGUAUCUCCACAACAUUUAGCUAAAAAUCACUGAUGCAUUCCGCAUAGCUUGCGAACAGUCCACUGUUUAUCCAGGCCUGAAAAUGCACUGUUAUCUCAGGGUGUGGACCCUCCCCCUUCAUCCCAGUUAUCCUGGCAGGGGGUCCUGGGAGAGGGGACCAGAAGCUGACCUGUAGCGGGGAGGUCGCAAACAACAGUGCGCCUCCUCUGUACAAAGUGGAGCUAUGAAAGAGUCAGAGAUCAACACAGCUUUGUAGUUCACAACAACAUGCCAGACUGUGUCUCUUCCCUGUGUUGCACUUUGCGUGCUGCUCCUAACAACUGCUUAUAUCUACAUUGACCUGAGCCAAUAGAAGCACACCAACAUUUUUCAUUUUAUGUUUCACCAAGUUCAAUGGCAGUAUGAAUAUUGAGGCAUAUCAGUAAUUCUGAGUUUGAAAAUAUAGGGCUAUGGUUGUCUUUUUCUCAGUAAGUUUUGCCCACUGUUUACCAGGAAACUGUGUGACAGAUUUCUUGGAGGCAAGUUUGUCAUCUUGUGACAGAGUUUGCCUACACAGAAGAGGAAAAUCGCAAGUUAUUGUUGUCAAAAAGCCAGAGCGCAGUAAUGUUUGGCAUGCAUUCCUAAAAUAUAACUACUGAGAGGAAUUGAUUUUGAAAUGGCUAGCCAAUAAAAAAUUCACCUUAAAUGAACUGAAAUAAUAAACGUUUUAAUCCUUGACUUAUUCUUUUCUCAUUACAACUUAGCAGUGGAUUCCCUUUGGACCCAUGUGAUCAACAAAGAUAGACUUGAAUUUCAUUGUUGACCAUUUCAAACUAUGAUGUUGAUUAAACAUUAAUAUGGUAGAGAAAAGCCAAGUUACCCCAUGAACAUCCUACAGUUCAAACUAUUUUUUGUGGACUCCUAAAAUACUUAAACUUGAGUUUGUAGAUACAGUGGCCAACGAUAUUUGAAGGAAUACAAAUGUACAGAGCAGAUACGUACCAAGUCCAGAGCUGUCCAAGCACUCGUCAGAGUUUCCUGUUUGGUUUUAAAUCAUUGCAUGACUGAUUGCAUCCACUGGACAGGCUGGAAAGGCCACAGAGAGAUUUGUCAAAACAAUGACGUGCUUGGAUUAAAAUCAUGGGGUCAAGGUUACAUGGUAUGCACAGGAGCCAAUUAAGCCACACAAAUGUCCCUUAGCUAACCUUUCUACCUGUGGCCUGACUUUCAAAAGGCCUCCUGCUAGCGCCGCAUCAUUCUCCACAGUCUGCUGGUCAGAGCUGGCACUGAAAUCGAGCACACUCAAGCUAGAGCACACUGUGUUAGAGGAAGUGCUUUGUGCUCCUGACUCAGAACAGGGAUUAAGUCUCUAAGUAACCUGAGUCUGUUUGACAGAGAAGGUGUCCCAUGUGGAAGAAAGGAUCUCUUUGUGAAGAGACGGAGACAUGCAAUUUCAACAUGUAUCACUCUUGCAGGGGCUGACAGUGAAUUUCAUUUAUGGUUGAUAUACAAAGGAGAAUGAUAUUACCAAAAAGAGAGCCUUGAGUUUAGACAGAUAUUUUGAGUGUAUCAGUGACAAGCAUGUACUCUUCUUGCUCUUAUUUGCAUGAUAAUGACUCUAAAUACAGUGAGUUUCAGUGAGUGCUUUGAUCAGGGCCUCAUGUCUCAUUCAUUAGGGUUUGUGUGAGGAUUCCUCUAUAUAGAACACAGGCCUGCUUUAGUAGGCCAGUACAGUAGAGAUGCUGUGAUUCCAUUUCUGCUGCAUCAGUAUACAAGUUUUGCCUUCUGGCUGUAUGAGCACAACAUAGAUACUACAACUCUACUUCCAAUUACAUCUUUGGCUUUAGUGAGAAAGUUGUUUCCUGAAUGAAUGCAAAUUGAAAAAACAGACUUGUUUUGUUGAGCCGGUGUGUCUGGGCAUGUCUCUCUCCAAAGGAAGUAUCCUACCUUAAGAGUACUAGUGUUCAGCAGUUUUAAAUUUUGCAUGGACUGGAUUUCACUUCCCCCUUGAACUCCUAUAGUUUGGCAAAAAGCCAGGAGUUAUUCAAUGAUUAACGCUCCCUGCUGAAGGUGUGUCGUCUGCUCGGGGACAAUUACAUGUUCAGGGUGGUUUUCUGGAAUCUGAAAGAAAAUCAUCAUGGUUUUUUGUCUGGUGCUGCUUGCACUUGGAUGAAGAGUCAAAAGCUAGUUAGCCAUAACAAAGAAAGGGUCUUGCACCAGGAUCUGCACCUGCUGCUUCGCCCUACCCCCACAGUCAUAGGAAUAACCACUGGCAGUUAUUGAACAAGCAAACACAUUGUUUGACAUGCAGAGUGUGGAGAAGUAUUGUGGAGUUCAUUGAAACUGAAAGAAUUCGUCUUUUCUCUGUUUGCACUGUAGAUAACUGCGCUGAGUACGUUUGCAACUAUUCACAAUCAGAUAGACUAGAUCCAGUCUGUUUGGCUUCCGAUAUGUCUGUGGCAAAACUUUUAAGUAUCUCCAGACUAUCUUCAGGUUCAAAGUCUGCACAUUUUUGACACACAUUUGGAGCCACAUUAGACUUUUAUGGGUGCCUGAAAGUGUUGCGCAGACGUCCUGGAUGUGCAUUCUGACAAGCUCAGAGCUUUGUCACUGUUUAUGUAGGGUGGGAUUCUUUAGUGUCUUUUAAGCUGAUUACCUUUUUGAGUCAGGAACAUAAUCAAAAUGAAAAUCGGUUAAAUAGAACACAGGAUACUCCAGUCAGGCUCUCACUCCAUCGAAAUGCCAGAGUUAUCCAAAUGUGGUUUAAGCCAGCUGUUACUGAUGAUCAUUUUUGACAGCAAGGGGGGGAAACUUUCAAGUAAAAAAGACAGUUUUGUAACUUCCCUGUGAAAAUGAACUACAAAUCCAUCAAUGCAUGGUAAAGUCUGCUGUUUGUGUCAAAAGAAUGAAAUGAAAGUAUAAUUUGCAAACCAGCAUGGCUAUUAAAAUGUUAUGGCAAGAUUAGAAAAUUACAGGUGUUGGAUUUCUUGCUGUGCUGCAGAAAUAACUCAGUUGCAUUAUUAGAUCAAAUCUGUAUUUAUUCACACUGCGGUGAAUCAGCAACUUGAUGAAACUGGAAUUUUGGUCACCAGAGUAAGAUGUUAUUUGGAAAGUGCUACAGUGUCAGAGGGUCACUUCAAGCAUUAAGGUCCUUACACACCAGGGCUGACACGAAUAUAGAACGUGAAAGUACAAAUAUUCAGAGGUGAAUUUUGACGCGCCUGACUAUACACAUCAAGCCCGAUGCGAUUUUGCCACUUCCCGGGGUAAAAAAGACGCAUCCCGGGGAUGACUUUUCCAGGGAAAGUCCCGCCUCCUAUGCCUCUGAUUGGCUAGAAAAGCUGGAAACAUCAUCACACGCUCAAGCCAAACGGUCAGCACUUAUAGCCAAUCAGAGGUGAUAAGAUAAGCACAUGAAACUAUGGUAACAACCGUUAGCAUAUGUUAGCACAGAUGAACGUUAAAACAAAGACGUUUUGCAAACUGUUAAAGCACACAAACUAUCGUCAUAUGAGAGAUCCGACGCUAUGACUCUCCACAAGUUGUCCUUCAGGUCGUUAUCUUUGUAAUGUUUGUGUCUUUUAUCAAAAAGCACUCUGUUCUCUGACUUGUAAACAAUCAGCCGAUCGGCCAUGUUGGAUAUACAGGUGAAUCUGAUGUUGCAACAACACGCAAUCUGAUUGGUCAGAAGUGGACACACCGUAUGCGAAACUUUAAAAAAUUGACCAUGAUCUGAAAAAAUAAAUGCUGCAAUAUCAAAGGACGGGAAAACGUCACUAAUGUGAACGCUUGUAUUGACAGGAUACGGGUUCGGAAAAAAAUACUGACGUCCGAAAUAAUCGCACAACAAAAACAGUCCCAGUGUGAAAGGACCUUUACUGGUUGCUUGAUGUAUUCACCUCACCUUGCGUCUAUUAGCUUCUAUUGUGGGUCCAAUGUAUCCUCAAACUCUGUAUCCUCUUAGUAAGUUAAUGAACCACAUUGUUGAGGUUGAAGAUCUGGUUAACUUAGAUUUAUAAAUGUUCUGGUGUUGCACUUGCUGAGACUGAUUCCAUUAGGACAGAAUCUCUCACCCUCACCCUCCUGUUUAUAUUCCAUAUGGUUGGUUGAAACAAUAGAAGGGUGCUCCAUUUUUGGACUCUGGCCUCUGAAGCCAACCCAUCCCAAAGUGUUAUGCUUUCCAUUUCCUCUCUGAGUUGGGUCUUCUGUUGGCCAGAGGAAUGUGCCUGACAAGACUCCACCCUCAUCCAAGCAGCAGACAGGCCCUCUCGUUGUAGGAUCCGAGUUUCCCUGCAGCCACCUGGCCGAGCGGGUGACUAUCCAACUGAAUGUGGCGGAAUACUAAUGCAGGGCCGCUCAAUGCUGUUCAUUUAACAGCUCAGUAUGGGAUCAGUCUUGGAGAGAUGGUGAUUGCCUGAAGCACUUUGAUUCUGUGAUUACAGAUUUUUAAAAAGUUAGUGGACACAAAGUGUGUUUUGUUCACUGGGAGUUUAAAAAAAAAGUGUGCCAAAGCUUUCACCAGCCUUCACAGGACAAAAGUGGGCCAUUUAUGUACAAACCUGUCUAACCUGUUUAUGUUUGUGCUCCUUUGGAAAUUUGAUACCAAUAUGACGCUCUGCUCUUAUCUAACUCCACCUCUUCCUGCUGUAGGUCUUUUACUUCAAACAUAAAUAUAGUCGUCUCUGUCAUUCAGCGUCUACUUAAAAAAGUGUUAAUGAUUCCAACGGCUUGCACACAGAAAGUACUAGAUAUAUAUUUAGGUCUUUCUCCUGGUGUGUUUAUACAGGAUCUGAAAACUGGGCCCCAUGCCUUCCAGUCUAAUUACUCUAUGAUCUGCCAAGCCGCUACCCCUGCCUCAACUCACUCCCACAGUGUGUUUUGAUUUGUUGUCUUUUUGUAGGCCUACUUACUUUACAAUCUCCACAAUCCAGUGGUCAGCUCACUUUUUUUUUGCAUUGGCAAGAGAUUUCUCUGGUUUGCUUUUCCUCACAGCUGCUGACUCAUUUCCCACAUUGGUAUUCUGUUGUGGGGAGGGGGACGAGGGAAAGAUGGGUUUUAGCUCUGGGUGUGGGCAUAUGUACAUCUGUGAGCACACAUUAACCAGACAGUCUGCUGCUGCAGUUGUUAAAGAUGGAUGAAAAGCCCACACAUACUGCAGUGAGCGAAGUUUCCAGGAGAAACUGGUUAAUAAUAUGAGGAUGGUACAAUAGUGUACUCCCCCACAUCACUAACUCAGUGACUGUAGUUACACUUUUGGUGGACGACAUUGGCAUUAACAUGUUAUAUACCUUUCUCUGCAUGAACUUGAAACUCUUCUUUCCGUUUUUCUGUCUUAAGUACGUAAGUUGUUCCUGACCAUAGGCUGGGCAUGAACCGGAAAAGAAAACGAUUGUUUAUUUGGAUAACUUGAGAUGGUGAUAAAAAUUAGCUUGUGUGUCAGGCAUGUUUGCAAAGAAGAAGCUAAUAAAAAGGUUGAUUUCUGCCCCUCUUCACAGAGAAAACGGCGGUUGAGUGAUUAGGUUUCAGCAAAGAACAGAACAUUGUUCGGAAAAGGCCUGAGAGUCCAUGGCAACAGGAGAGUCAGUCACUGGAGUCGGGGGGGAGAUAGAGGAGAGAAUCCAGUCUGAAUGGUUGCUUCUCAACUAAUACUGAGGCCAGGGCUGCAGUGGUGCUCCUUAAUUUUCUAUGAGCCAACAUUUUCAACCCCUUAACUACCAAAGUCUCUAAAGUCUAAACAAAACAUCUUUCAUUCACUUGAAAAUUUCUUCCUGCCGUACGUUUGUUAAUCCACUUUUCAAAGUCUCUUUUAGAACUGGACUGGCUUUGUAAAACUGCUCUGAGGCUAAUUGUUAAGAGACAUGUAGUAUUGGUCAAAUAGGAUAAAUAGCUCUCUUAUCAUAAAAGUUAAAUUCUUCUGUGGAAAAUGCAUAAUCCACAGAUCCUACUUAUAAAGAGCAUGCAAAUAAGCUCAAACAAGUACGAGGUAGUCUUGCGUGUACCACAGAGCUGCAGCAGUGUGCACGGGCAAGUUUGUAAUCUUCUUUCAUUUCCUUUGGGAGGCUUUAUGACAGUGAUACUGGAGCCAAAACCAGUACUUAUCUUGUUUUUAAGAUAACAAAGAAUGAUGACACUGAGCUGAAUCCGUGUGAAAAUCAGAAGGUUGUAAGACAAAGCUCCUGUAGUUAUUCACUUUGAGAAAUUGAACAGUUUCGGUACAGUUUUGGGCCCCUGUCCAAAGGCUACAAAGUGAGCAGACAAAUAGAGUGAAAGAGAUUGUUGUUGAUUCAUCAAGUCUUGACAUGCUGCAGGAUCUGAGCUGCAAACUCUGUUUUAAGAGUGGAAAUAUCAUGUGUUAGAUUACAUCAUGCUUCCUCACAGCAGGUGUUGUAAUCAGUCCUGAAGUCCUUCUUUUGGUUUACGCCAUCAUCACUCUUUGUUUUUUUUUUUUUAAGUUUUAGCCAAAGUUUUUUUAUAAAAUUAACUCUAAAAUACUUCUGAGAAUACCCUCAAAAUGUUUUAUCCUAUCAUUUGUACAUAUAGUUAAAUAGAAAAUCUACGAUGGAUGUUUGAGUUAGAAAAACCCUUUGCAGUUAUCUAAAUUUCAUUGCAACUUUAAGAACAACACAAACUUCACUUCUAUCAGGGUAAUACAGUAUAAAUAUUUGUUUGUGUAAAUUUGCUGUAAAAAUCCAGGAGAGUAGAUCACAUAAUUGAACCUCUUUUGACCCCUUUUGGAGGCGUGUCAGGCCCCUGAAGAUGCCAUCUCAGUCUCUUGGAAACAUUUCUGCUCUGCACUGCUGUGGACCUCAAAUGAACUUCACAUGAUAUGUAGUCAGUGAUCACAGAGUCACAGCAGGUGGUCAUUGAGCCAUUUUUGAAUAUGGUUAUACUGAAUUUUGCGUGUCUCUAGGAGUGGAUUAAAGGUAUCCUCUCUGCUUGGUAUCAGUGUUGGUCAAGGUAAACAGCACAGAGGUUUGUUGUGUUAUGUUCCUCUAGGUAGAGCGUGAUGCAGGGCCAUGCUUCUUAUCUGUAGGUAAGGAGAUCAGUUUUUCCUGAUAUUUUUCUUUAUUUUGAUCUGUUUAUCAUACUGAUGACAACACUCAUUGCCUCUAAGCAUUGAUCUUUGCUCCAUCCACUGCUUAGCUCUUCCCAGCUGUGCCCUACUUUCCAUGCUGCUCAUGUUCUGCUGCACAGUGUGUAUUAGCUUUUUAAUUCCAACCAGACGACAGCCCCUGGGACAAAUUCAAUGUUUUUUUAGGGCUGCAUGCAGAGUUCACAACUUCUUCGAGCUCUUAUUAGAGUAGUGUCUUGGAAAUUCAUCCUCUGCUUCUGUGUUGUUGACAUUGGAUAUGUAUCUGUUCAAAAAAGCGUGACUUAUGAGUCUAGUGAAGGAAAUGCAAGAGUGGAGCACAGAGUUAGUCUGGUUGUACAAAUAUUCAGAAACAUUGGGUUUGCCAGAUGCUACAUUAAAAAUGUUGGCCACAAUCAUGAACAUGAACUAGGGCUGGGCGAUAUGCCCUCAAAUCAAUAUCACGAUGUAUUGAGCAGUUCACCUUGAUAAUGAUAAAUGGAGGAUAACUACUUCACAAGCUGCUCUCCUCCCACAUUAACUUCGUGUAAUUCAGCCGCCGCUCGGGCCACUACAAAUUUUGAACCGUCCUCCAUCUCCUCACCUGUCUUUCCCUCUUUGUUAUGGACUGGAUGGGGUAAAACCAACUUUUAUUUGUUUAUUUUUUUUGACACCGAAUAUACCGAAAUAGGCAAAAUGAUGUUGGUUAUACUCGUAAAUUUCGGUAUCUGUAAAUUUUCGGUUUAUUGCCCAGCCCUAACAUGAACUCUAAAGUAAAAAUAAUCUGCUCGUGUCUGAGUAGAUCCUUUAGUUACACCUCUACAUGAGUCUAGUCUCCCUGGUGUUUAACAACUAGGUGAAGUCAUAAAUGGUGGUGUGUUGAUGCCAUGCCCUUUAUAUUUUGACCAACCUAGGUCUUCACCACCUUCUCCAAUGAGGAAUAUGACCGGCGUAAUGAUGAUGUGGACCCAGUCGCAGCGUCUGCCGAGUAUGAGCUGGAGAAGAGAGUGGAGAAGAUGGAUGUGUUCCCUGUGGAGAUUGAGAAAGGUACGUUUAGCAACUCUAACAAUGAAAUCAAAUAUUUAUUUAUAACCUUUCUAACAAAAAUAAAUGAUUUAAUAUGUAACAAAGGGGACAUACAUAUAUGACCAAACCUUUUUGUAUUCAGUUGUUCAUCUGACAAAUCAUCCACAAUCUUUUCUGCCUUAAGGAGACAACGGACUUGGCAUCAGUAUCAUAGGGAUGGGAGUAGGAGCAGACCAGGGUCUAGAGAAGCUUGGCAUUUUUGUGAAAACCAUAACAGAGGGAGGAGCUGCUGAAAAUGAUGGACGGUGAGUCAAAGCCCCACACCCCUUUUCAGCCCCAAUCAGAAUUGUAAUCUUGUUUUGUUACAAAAAAAAUAACAGGACAUACUUGUGAAGUUUUGUACAUGGCCGGAUAUACAGCAAACAGUCACUGAAGACUACACAACCACAACAAAUCUUUGUGUCACACUGGAGAAAUUACUCAUCCCUCCAGGGCUCAGUGACACAUAAGACACAAACAACUGGGUUUAUUUAUAACAUCCCAUGGACGCUAAAGAAAAUAGCCUCAGAACUUCUGUUCCCAAGCUUUUUUCAGAUCAUUUUUUCACCGACGGGAUCAAGGCUACUGUAUUUUUAUGUCUCUGCUGCCGUGCCACAUGUUGAGCAUUACCUCACUGUGUUUGAAAAAGAAUUCUCAUAAAUUUGAUCUCCUUUAUCUCCAGGAUUCAGGUGAACGACCAGAUCGUGGAGGUGGAUGGUAUAAGUCUUGUGGGAGUCACCCAGCUGUUUGCUGCUACAGUCCUGAAGAACACCAAGGGCACAGUGAGGUCAGUUUUAAAGUCUGUUUUUGUAACACCAGAACAACCAUAUUUAAAAGACUGCGUCAUCGAAUGUACCUGUAUGUAUCAUUAACACACUGAAUUUGACUCAAACAAACAGAUUCCUGAUUGGACGGGAGAAGCCGGGUACACAAAGUGAGGUAGCUCGCCUUAUAAGUGAGACACUAGAGCAAGAGAAGAACCAGCAACAACAACAGGAGCAGCAGUUUGAUGACCACUACGAACACUCGACAGAGGAGGUGAGUCAUAUGAGGUCUUUAGGUCAGACUUGUGUGGUCUUCCUGUCAUAUAAGGUAUUGUCGGCUGUGACAUGUUGAAAAAGCGUAAAAUCCCUGAAUUAGCAACUUGUGGGCUUUUGUGUCACUGGGAGGGUUGAAUGACUCCAGAACUACUCAUGUGAGGAUUAUAACAACAGCCUUUGGCUGAUGUGAGGCAUCCAUAAUUACUACAUGAAUGUUCAUGUGAAGGCUCUGUUCAUGUGAAACUCCCAAUUGCGGUAAAUCCGACAUGCCAUGAACAUAGCAUUAGCCCCUCUGCCACACCCAGUUAGAUCCCACUCAGCUCAACCAGGAGCAGGGUGCAGCUGGCUGUGAGUAAGCCAUAUGUCACAAGUCUUCUGCUGUGUUGGAAGGUGUUCAUUUGAGUGCUGCCUGUCUGCGAGAGUUGUGAAAUGUUUGCUCUCUGAAGUUCAUGCAGCCACAGGCCCUGUUUUGACAAAACAGAGGCAGAGAGAAAAAGAGAGAGAGAGAGAGAGAAUAUGUGCAGGAUUUACUGGAGCAGAGAGAGAUAAAAAGGAAUGUUGCUCAGCUCACAUUCAGGAAGUGACACUCUGUCCUCAUGCAAAGUGUGAGUAAAGGUGUGUUUGUUGACUGACAUUGGUAAAAGGUAAUGUUUAAUGCUGAAGAUGUGCCAUAGGCAACUCACCAAUGUACUAAUUUUAGUACACCAAGACUAUCAGGAUCUAUGCUCUAGAGAGUGUUGCUGACACACACACACACACACACACACACGUACCAUGUAAUCCAUUAAGGGUGUGAAGCUAUUGCAGAAAUCAGAUGUGUGAUGCCAUAUUUCAGGAGGAGCGCUAUGAGGAGGAAGACGGAGCAGAUGAGAGGAUACUGGGCUCCAAUUUCUCCCCAGGACAAAGCGUAGAGGUGUUUGAGUUGCCUGAUUCAGAGGCUUUGUUUAUGCCGAGCAACAUGGACAGCUCUCAGAUGGCUUUCAAGUUCAAAGAGGUAUAUCACCCACAUCAUGAAAAUAGAAGUGAAGUUUCAGUGUUUCACAACAGAAUAUGGAUUUUUACACGCAGCAAGAGACUCUAACCAAGUCAUAUAUCUUUUUCAAUUGUUUCUUCUUAGCUGCAGCUCAAACAUGGUGUUGCCACUGCUGAAAUAAGUCAACUUAAAGAAAAGGUAUGACAACACAAACUCCUGUUUUCUUCAUGUUUGUUUUCAUGACAUUGAAAAGAUUCAAAAGAAUUAAAUAUAUGAUCAACUCAGCACAUAUGAAAACUUUAUAGGAGACUAAAUGAUGUUUUUUUCCAUCACUAAUUGUACUGCAUAUGUGUGGCUUGUGUUUUAAGACUAGUUAUAAUGUCUGUGUGGUAUUUAUUCUAAAGAUAAUUAUGAAAGUUGUUUUGGUGGGUUCAAAAAUGGCAUUACAAUUAUUGAUGCACUUUCAAGAACACAAGACAACCCUUAAAUAAAUGUAUUUCACCAAAGAACUGCAAAUGCCAUUCUUUGUAAACGGAUUCAGCUCAAGGAAACCAAAGUAACACGUUUCUUCCUGUGUCUAGCUAAGAGCUUCUGAGGAGGACAGAUCCUUGUGGGAAGCCAGAGAGUCUGCUCUGGAGCAAAAGCUCGAGGACAGCAACGAAAAAAUCCUGAAGCUGGAGAGUCACUGGCUGGAGGCCCAGGCUCUGUGCAAAAGUGUGAAUGAACAAUUAGCUGAGACUCAGGCCCAGCAUGAGACCCUGGACAAGAAGUAUAACAAGGCCAAGAAACUGCUAAAGGACUACCAACAGAAGUGAGUUUGUCUUCAUUUACACAACACUUCACUGUUGAGGGAGUCAGUGCUGUUGAAUUCACUCAUUUGUUCAACUGAGUUUAUUCAUGAAGCGUAUUCAUCCAAGACAUCUUAAGGAAAACAACAUUGUGCAUAAAUUUAGAAAAUACUUUCAGAUCAUUUUGAAAAAAGCUUGAGCAAUGAAAAGUCAAUCAGUGGAUGUCGAAUUCAGAGACACUUGUUUCAAAAUCUAAAAUAAAAAUAAGUGAGAUUUGAUUUGAAAAUAUGUGCUGCCUUAAAGUACUCCAGAGAAGAAAAUGUUGAUUUGAUGUGGAGCAAGCUUGACGUGUCUGGAGAAAUUUUAAUGGUAAUAAUUUGUAAAAGGAGUGAAGCCUCUACUUACUCCAACCAGUCAAACCAACAAAAUGUAUACAGAGUGUAAGGAGUCAAGACUCCCUCUGCAAUCUUGAAUAUCUUCUGAGGAUUGAGGAUAUCGCUGGGGUAUCUGUGCCACCCAGAUACAAAGGCCUUCAACUGGAGUCUCUCUGUGGUGUUCAAAAUAUUGAACACCAACAUUUCAGAGAAACUAUGCUUGUGUUUGCCGAAAACAAAGAAAACUGUGUACAGACUUCACUGUAAACAGUUUUUCCCUGUUAGUUUUACAGUAAUCAGUAAACCUCAGGAUUACACCACUGGUUAAAAACCAUCCUCAAUGUGAAAAAAAAAAUCUCUUCAUGUAACAAAACACAUUCAUCUGACGUUGUGGUAGUGACAGAUGGUAGAGAUUGGGAAAGUGACACCAAAACUUAAAGCAUGAAUUUAUUUAUUAUACCUGAACUUAAGUACCUUCCCUUUUUGUGCCGGAAAAGGGAAGUUACCAGACUAAAACUUCCGUUCAGAAUGAGUUUUGGUCUUGUCAGUAAACAACAAAGAUAACAAAACUCUGCAGGGUAUCCGCAGGGUCCUAAAAAGUCUUAAAAUAUUUAAAAUCUAACAAUUUGAAUUUAAGGCCUUAGAAUGUCUAUUAUUCCCUUGAAAUCUCAUAAAACAUCUUAAAUACGAUUUUUAAAGGUCUCAAAAUUGUACUAAAAAUUUGACUAAAUAAACUACAUGCCAUAGGAAUAAAGAUUGAUUUGAAGUAAUGUGAAAUGUUCUGAUUUUCCUUUAUGUCUUUUGUACUUUUUUUUUUCCUGUAUGGAUGUUAAAUUGGUCUUAAAUUGGUUUAUUAUGGUCUUUUAAAAGUAUUACAUUUGAUUUGUUGAUACCUGCAGAGACCCUGCACUGACUAAAUAGCUCUUUACUGAAUCAUUUCAGUAGCUAAACUGAAUAAUUUGUGUGUGUCGUUGGAUAAUUAAAAUAAGGUUGUUCUCCAAAUCUCAUCUGAACAUACAAAAGACUGUGCAUACAAGCUGAACGACUGAUCGGAAACUGUUUUCCCUUGUUUCUUCCCACAGAGAGAUUGACUUUGUGAAGAAAGAAGAGGAGCUGAAAAAGAUGCUAGACGAAAAGGACAAGUGGUACAGGGAGCAGUUGGACAGCUUGCAGUGCAGAGUAAGUCCUCAGUUCUGAAUAACUGUGCUCACUGAUAGUAAGAGCACAAACAGUUUAAUGAGCCACGUUUUGCCCACAGAUAGCUGUCCUGGAGUCAAAGGGCAUCUCAUAUGUGGAGCCUCAGAAUGGUCAGGACACAGCAACCGAGGGGACGCCAAGUAUUGAAGACUCGGUCACCCACACACAAUCUGUCGACUCAUUACUCGGUAUGAUAAAAGGUCACCUGAAUUAAACUCGGUUCAGACCGGAAAUGUGCAUUCCCUACUUUGACAGUGUCAUCUGUUAAACAUUCACUAGCACACAUCAUGAACUCCACUGACCUCUGUCAAUAAUUAAAAUUGUGCACAGUGUCUUAUGACCCACUUGCGAUGCUUGUUUCUCUCCUGCACAGAUCAAGACUGGAGUGAGCUGGUCCCUGAGACCGAACGCUUGGACACCAGUGUACACAGAGCAAAAGGCCUGCUGGCACAGAAAGCCAAACGUCAGCCACCGUCUCGAAACAAACUGAAAGAGAGCCUCGCCGUGGCUUCAGACCACUCUCAGGUCAGCCAGGUCAGCUAAUCAGGAUAUCCUGAUUUAUAUGCCGCAAAAUUCAAUUUCCAAGUUGUACCAGCCUUAAAAUUAAUUAAAGAGUCAGUGAUUUAAAGCAUGAGAUGGAAAAUGAAACUCUCAGACACGGUUAUGGUAAAAAAAAAAGUUUUCCUCAGAACAAACUUAGAGUGACCAACAGUCUGUGUUUCUUCUACAGAGGAGGCACUUGAGUAAUAUUUAGCUUUGUAGGUAUGAAGUCAUCAGUCACAUUAAACACAGGGGGGGAUUUCAUGCAGAGGUGCUUAAUUGUUGAGUCAGUCUUACUGCUUUUGAGGCCUGGCCAAUUUCUUACUGUGUUCAAGCUCAAUUCUUGGUGAACUCAGAUCUGUCAGAAACAGCGAACAGUUAAGGCUGAAUCAACAGUUAUUCACAGCUAUUCCACAGAAGAACAGGGAUCAUUACUGAGAAUCACUGACACACCGAUGACUUCAAGUUGAUCUUGCACCAACAAAUAUAUUUCUUUUCCAGUUUCAGUUUAACUUCAGUGCCAGAGGUUUGUAAUGUACAGUCUUUUUCUACCGGACUGUGUUAAUCAGAUCUGGAGAUCAGAGCUUUAUGUUUUAUAAAUAGUGUCCGUCUCCUCUUCCUUGCAUUGUCCUUGUAAAUAAUUAGCUUUGUCCCCACAGGAAACCGAAGAAGACGAGCAGCAGGAGGAGCAGGAAUCUCCCAGGAGGAGGAGGUCCAUCCAGGAGAGCCUGUCUCUCCCAGUGCCUGUCUGCUAUCCUGAAAAGGGACUGAAAGAUGACCCAGCAGAAAAUCAAGACUUGACCAAGAAUAAGACAGAGCUGUCCAGCAGCCCCUCUUUGUCUCACUCACUGGGAGACAGUGUUGAAAGCUGUGGAAGCCCCUCUUUGUCCCCUCCAAAAGACAACUCUUCACCUCACUCCCCUUCUGGAUUCAUGCGCAAUGUUAAGAAGAGGGAGUCCAAAGGGAAGGGCAAAGAGCUCAAAGGUAUACUGGAGCAAAAUAUCACAGCUGCACUAAAAAAUCUGUUUUUCCUGCUUCAUGUUUGAGUCUGAUCACUGAUGUUUCCUUGCAGAGGAGCUGAAUGAACCCUCAUCUGCUGGGAAACCCAAGAGACGAUUUCCAGACUUUGGGUGAGUUUCUAUUGAUCACUGUCAUGUUUUCAAGUCAGCAACUUUUUGUUGUUGUUUUGUUAUCAACCGUGAGUGUGACACGUUACUGUUUCCAACAGAGGACUGCGAAAAUCAGGAGGCAAAGGAAAAAAACAUGACAAGGAGGCGAUGAGAGCAUCUUUGGACAGCAGGUGUGCUUUCUUAUUAACUUGCCUGUAACUUUCAGCGAUGAUCUAAACAUCAAAUAAGUGUCCACACCUUCUCAUCUUUGCUUUAUAUGUCUUUGAUUCAUCCCGACUUUAUAUGUUGCUGCAAACAUUUACACAAGUCCUACAUUUAAACUGCAAACAAAAGGGUUAUUCACGGUAUGUUUAUUUCAGCUGCAGUGUUUAUGGCAUUUAUGUUCUUUUUGAGAUGUAAAUGUUUAGCUUUCUACUUACUUGCUGCCAAAUCUCCAUACAGCCCCCUUUAUCAGGCGGUAAUAAUAAUGUUAUUGUUAGGAAUGUUAAUGCGGAACAUAUAUAAAGUGGAAAUAUUCCAUGUCUUUCUCUGUCCUCAAAUGUUCAGGGGAUCGGCAGAGUUGCUAGAGGAGUCUGGAGGAAAUCUGUCCCCUGCAGAGUCAUUGUCUUCCAUCCCAACUUGUAUGCCCUUCUCCUGGUUUGGGGACAAAGAGAGGGAUAGAGAGCCCUCAUCUUCCAGCAGCAGUCUGCCAUACACUGCAAACGAGAACAGCAGUGAGCUAUGCCAGGAUCGCAAGAAUAAGGUAUUUAACCAAGGGUGAAGAAGAGCAAAAGUGUUUGCAUGAACAGUUUAAUUUUAUAUCACAUAAGUGAAAUCAAGACGUCUGUAGGAUCAUGACAUGUUGUUCCUCUGAAGUAGAAAAAGCAGACAUGAAUGUAAGGCUGCUUCCAGACACGUGCCGUCUCUGGACUGAUCUUAAAAUAAGCUUCAACAUACAAAGUCUUCAAUAACUGGAUCCAUAUGUCAGCCACCAGAGAGAGUUAACAGUGAAGAUCUGGUGGCUUUUAAUGAGUUUGCAAGUAGUGACACAUCAAAGCCUCCAGUGAAACGCAUGGCUAACUGUCAUACAGGCUGUGGUCAGAAUACAGUUCCCACAAUGCAGUUUAAUAAGUUCAAGAUGCAGACUUGGUUAGGGAGAUCUGAUUACUCUGAGAAAAGUGAAGUUUGUUUGAUUGUUCGUGGUAGUUUUUGUUAAUGCCAUUCUGCCUGGACGUUAAUCUCACUGAACCGUGUUUCCUUCAAACAGACAAGCCUCUCCUGGUCGUCUUUAUUCAGUCGAUCGUUAGAUUUGGUACAGUAUACAUGCAUUCCUGUUCACCUUUGAUUAUAGAUGACACAGUAGAGCAUUACUAACUAAUGUCUCACUUCAAUACAUCCUGUUGUAUGUAUUGAUGUAAUCUCUAUAUCUUCUGUAGUUGGUAUGUGGUAGUGUUAUAACUCAUCUCUUAAAUUUGAUCACAGUCGUAAUAACUGCUGUGUUUUUUUUAAUUCCCCAUCGCUUCAGCCAAAAAUCUUUGUGGCUUUCAUGAGAGGAAAAUAAUGAAGCCAAAAGUAGCUUCUGGUAGGGAUGUAACGAUACCUCGCAAGACUGCCAAAAAUUAUACUCGCAAUGAUGAAUUGGUGAGGCCAUGUAUCAUUUUGUUCAAAUAGCAGAGGUCAUUCUCUGCUUUUGACUUCCAUAUAGCAGUUCAAAUAUUUACCACUAUUACCAAUAACAUAACAAUCGGCUAUAAAUAAGACUGAUCCAUAUUAGGGAUGUCCCGAUCCGAUAUCGAUAUCAGACAUCAGUCCGAUAUCAGCAAAUAACAAAUAUCAGAUUACAUCAGCCUGCAUCUAAAAUCUCAGAUAUAAGCACUUAAAUACAAGAUGUCCAUUCCAGACUAACAAAGUAGGAAGGAGUAGGAGUGAUGUCGGACAUGUGGCAGUAUUUUUCAUUAAAGUCUGAAAAGUGCAAAACUUGUCAUGCAUAAGAAUGUGCUAAUAUCGGAUCAAUAUCGAUAAGGGCUAAUACUGAAGGCGACAACAUCGGUAUCGUAUCGGCAGUAAAAAAGUUGUAUCGGGACACCCCUAAUCCAUAUCCAUCUCUGCCAACCAUUGUCUUCACUGCACAUCCUUAGUGGUGACUUACACCUGCUCUGCACAUCACAGAGAGAAAGAAGGACAAACAGACAAAAUAAAGGCAUAGGUCACAGGUGCUUAUUUUUAAUGUAAUUUUGGAUGUUGAUUGUGCUUUAAGCUGUUUUUAUUUACUAUUGUAACCAUACAAACCUGUGGGGAUGCCUCAAGUGUCCUUUCAAAGUAAAAGCUUUUUUAAAUAAAGUAGUUACCUAGAAUCAGGGCAGUAAAAAUGUAGAAAAGAAGCAUCACAAAAACAGUUUUAUGGGGCAUAAACUUACGAACCUGCACCCUGGGAAAAUGUGAAUAAACAGUACCAGCUUUAUAAAUGGUAUCAUUAUCAUUUAGUGUAUUGUUACAUCCCUUGUUUCUGGGACUUGUUGUACCAGCUGAUCAGAUCAUCAGAAGUUAACUGCUUUAAUAAUACAAACUCAUGUUGCACAACCUGCUUUAUUUGGUGUAUAAUUCCUAAACUCGAGACGACCGCCUGCAUAUUUAAAUUUCAAAUAAAGACGAUCGAAUGAUUUGUUCUAAUAAAUCAUUACAGGCAUCUACUAAACUGAAACAUUACCCCAUACCUGACGUGUGUGUGCUUGUUUUUCAGUAGAAGUAGUCGUGUGCUGGUUGCUGUAGAGUAGACGUUGUUGAUGUAGUUCUGGUGGUGGAUUGAUUUGAUUGAUUCGUGUAACAAAGUAGUCGAUCUUCUUUCUGUCUUUCACAUGUUGAUGAUCAAAGUCACUCACUGUUCACGUAAAUGAUCUGGAUUGCUGCCACUGCAUUAACAGCUGAAUCAUUAAUACCAUUAAUCUAAAUUUUCCGGUUUAAUUCAGUCCUCACUCCUGUGUUGUUUGCAAAGACCUGUUGUUUGGUGAUGUUUGACUGCAGUAAAUUGGUUCCUUGUUUCCACUUGUUCCAGAGUUUUUCAGUCAUAGAUGAUUCUAACCCUGCCAGUCCCAGUUCAGACAUCUCUGGGUUAGUCGCUGAGCCCAAUCUGUCUGGGCGCUCACACACUUUAAUCUUCUCUUCCAGCGAGGUGAGUGCUCUCCUUGUUGCACAGACACAAAAGCUGUGUGGGACGCCUUGAUGCAGCUGAAAGGGGACAUUCUCAAGCAUGCUCUUUGAGCUUCCCCUCGGCUUUCAUAGCUGAGAUUAAAUAGUGAAUGCAGAGGGAACAGAAAAGAGCUGCAUGUGUGUGUGUUUUUGCGUGUGUUUGUAUCAAAGCUGUUCAGUUUUGUGUUACGAAAAGUGUUGCCGCUCAGCUUUCUUUCAGUCAGAUGUGAUGUUCUUAGCUUGCUUCUAUUGGAACCAUCAACUAGUGCCUCAUGUUCUUUACAAGCUUUGGCAGACCACAGAACAAUGUUGACCGCCUCGCUGUCUGCUGGCCCGUGUUUUUUUUUUUACUCGUGUCAGUGUCAAGUGUCUCAGCUUUCCUCAAACAGAAUCAAGAUACACACAGAGAGCUGCAGCUGAGAAUGUUAUUGGCAUGACUUCAUUGUCAUUGCACGUCUGUUUUUUUGCUGUGUCAGCUUUGGGAUGUCUAUCUCAGCAGACUUUAAUUUACAACUUCUUUUUUUGUUUGAUGUGAAUCUACUGUGGUUAUCUUUACCUUUUAUGAUGUUUGAACGUUUUUCACCUUAAUGAUGGAUAAACAUGCACACAAAGGAAAGUGACUUGAUGACACGAAACUACUUGAGCUUUGUGGUCGUUUUCAUAGUGUGUUUAUAUUUUAAUUCUGUUUGUGUCUGUGUAUGUGUCCUCCAUAGACUCUGGAUGAUGAGCCGAUAGCUUCAGGAAAGGAGUAUCAGUGGCAAAACCGACCUGUUAGUGACUGGACCAUUAACCAGGUCUGUCACUGGCUGAUGGGCAUGAAUAUGGACCAGUACACACCUGAAUUCACGGCUAAGGGAGUGGACGGCCAGCAGCUCUUACAGCUGGACAGUGACAAGCUGAAGGUGAGUUUUCAAAUCAAGUUAGUAAGAAAUUCAUCAGGGUGGUCUUUAUGAUGUAACAAUGAUGGCUCAAUAUGAUAAAGUUGAAGAUGUCGCCAAAGACCCCAGCAUAUUAGUUAGCCAACCUCAGCCUUUGACUGCCACCUUGUGGCUGCAGAUAUUCUCUCCCAUUUUUAUAAUUCUGCACAGUUUCCCCUUGGAGAGGAAAAGCAUAUAGAGCAGUGGUCCCCAACUUUUUUUGUACCAGGGACCAGUUUCAUGCAGGAAACUUUUUCCAAGGACCGGGUAGGGGAGCGGAGGUUCCAAUAACAAAAACCUUAAUCAGUACAUAGUAUGUAAUCUGGAUACAACAAUAACAUUUUAUAUUAGGCACUUUUCAUUACACUUUAACAUCAACUCACCAUAAUGCAGAAUCAACCCUUUCUCUCUCCAGUAAACUCUAUUUCUGGCUCAUUUUUGCAAGGGCAAGCGCGAAAGUGAGGUGAUGGCGGAAGUGGUGGUCUUUCAAAAUAAAAUACUGGAAGGACGGAUGAAAAGAAAAAAAUAUAUUUAAUCAACUUUUUUUUUUUUUGCGGCCUGGUACUAAUUGAUCCACGGACCGGUACCAGUCCGGGGCUCGGUGGUUGGGGACCAGUAGUGAGAGAGAGGUCUAUAGAGAGGUUCUGGAUGAGAACAUUUUUGUCAUCCCUCUAUAUUGUUGCUCGAUCUUGUGAUUUUUUUUUUUUUAAGAAAUGUACAAAUGUCACCUGAAAUUAGAGGCAGGUGAAUAACUUUGAUUUUAUUGUUGUGAAGCCGUCAUUAACAGUUACUUUGUAUGAUGGUCAAACAAGCAAAUUUCAUAUUUCACACUACAUUCAUAAUAUUUUUUUUAAAGCAAAAACCUCGACAUCUUCCUGUCUUUACAUCUCCCACUUGCCUGCCUUGUAGCUUCUGCAUGUCAUGUGAUAAGAUAACCGUUUUUGAGCAGGCUCUAGGUGCACAAACUUUUGGGUAACUUUUCAGACGUGGUGGUAUUCUAAUAAAUCUGUGCAUUUGUUCUUUCAGGCUCUUGGUGUGUCGAGUCAGAGCGACCGCUCAACGAUCAAGAAGAAGCUGAAGGAAAUGCGUAAGGCCCAGGAGAAGCUGGAGAAACAGAGAGAGAAAAAGGAGAAGGAGGGUCGACGCAGUGGAAGACUGCCACUCAAUAGUGACUCAGUCUGCUGAGGAAGAGGCAGCUCUGUUUUUAAACUCAUGCAGCUCAUAAAGUUCAUCCCAGUCGGAGUUCUGAGUACCUUUUUUUUUUUUAAUACUGUGGUGCCACGACGUUUAUGUCACAUGGUGUUUACGUGAACAACCAGAGAGUAUGACUGCCAGUGCUGUUCCUGUUCUGACUGAUGAGAGUCAUCUUCAACCUGCAGCUCCUCAUCUUUUCUUCUUUUAUCACUUUUAAUUCAGACAUUUUAACUUAAAGUCAAAGAAUGUUGAAAGUUGGAUAUGUGACCAAAAAGGAACUUUUUUUUUUUACCACUAAAAAGCUCGAAGCUGAUAUGAUUAGAAGUCUGUUUAAGAUCAGAUGUAGUGUUUGCAGAUCAUGCACACGUUUACCUAUGGAAGUAAGAUGUAUACUGCUUUUUUCAGCAUUUUAUAUUUUUGCUAGAUGAACUUGUUUCAACGCUGGAACAGUUAUUGUACAGUCGGAUAAAAGCACUAUAUUUGUCAUUUAAGCUUCAAAGGGCGACAAGGUUUUAAAUGUAUGACUAAGUUUUAUACAUGUGCCUAUUAACUGCAUAUCUUUUUUUUUUAUUUACUGAAAUACCAUUGUUCAUUUUAUACUAUCUAAAUUUCUACUAAGUAGAAUAGCCAUGCUGUUGAUUUUUGCUGGUGAAAAAGCUACAAAAAAGUUAGAUGGGAUGAGGUUAAUGCUGCUUCUGCUGUCCCUGACUCUGGCUGUGUGUCGCUGGGAUGGGACAUUGAUGCUCCACAUAAAUACACACACGGCAUGCAGGUCUGCUACAAACUCACACACACACACACACACCUCACGGGUUUGUAAGAUGUGUCUAAGACAAGGACUUGUGUGAGUCGGGAGCACAGCGUCACAUAUGCCAAGCUGAAAGAUGAAUUAUUCAGAAACUCAAGUGCUUCGAUUUUUUUUUUUUCACGCAUGACUCCAUGUCCUGCAAAGACUGAGACGUGUUGGACUGCUAAACGAUCAUGUUUUCCUCUCUUUGAGCAGAAGAGACAUUUCUUGGUACAUACAGCAUCAAAUAAACUAAUUUUCACUCGGUGGAUUCGCUCUUUCUUCCAGGGUUCUUACGCAAGUAUGGAAGUAGUUUGAUGAAUUUCCAGGUCUUAAAAAGUAUGGUAAAAAAGAAGUAAAGUAUUGAAAAAUAUCUAUGUUUCCAUACUAUUACCACAGUUUUAAAAUACUGUUUUUUAAAAAAUAAAGUAGGUAUUUCCAAAAAUAAUUCUAAGAGGUAGGGUAUGGAAAAAUGUGGAAAUUCCAACUGUGUAGGAACCCUGUUCUUUGCAAAGUCUAAAUUUACCUUGGAAACAAAGAAAACUUUAAAACUGACACAAAUUGAAUCAAGUCUUUGGAAAAACCACCUGUUACUACCUCACAUUAAAGCAGUAACAACUUUACCAAUACGCUUCUGUGAGUGGCAGGGUUGGAACUGUUUUAGCGAUUGAAAAGCCUGCUUAACUAUUCCAUUUUUAAUCGUAAUGUAACAUAACUGUGCUGUACUAGUUUAUUUCUAUUUUAAGUAAACUGUGUGAGCCCUCCUCU